AUGACAAACAAGGUGAGCUGGGCAAUCAAAACUUUAACAGGGGAGCAUAGAAGUUGUGGACGGUUGGAGCUUAACUCAGUUGUAACUUCUGAGUGGCUGUGUAGACAACUGCAGUCAGACAUUCAAGCAAAUCAUGACAUCCCAGUUGAGUCUUUACAAAGACUUUGUAUGGAAAGGUACAUGAUUGAAGUUAAAAAGAGGCUCUUUUACAAGGUGAAGGCAAUGUGUAAGGAGAGAAUUCAUGGGGGGUAUAGAGAGGCAUACUCACUACUGCCUAAGUAUGCUGAAAUGGUAAAAGAAACUAACCCAGGGAAUUAUGCUCUGGUCAGUUGGGGUGAAUCAACUGCAAAUCAGCCACCAAGAUUCAAGGCUUUUUUUUUUUCAUUUGCUGCCCAAUGUAGGGGAUUCUUGAGAGGCUGCAGACCUAUAAUUGGCAUUGAUGGAGCUCACUUAAGUGGGCAUUUCAAGGGAAUCUUGCUGACUGCACUUGGGAUUGAUGGGAACAAUGAGAUUUUUCUCAUAGCUUAUGGAGUGGUUGGGACUGAGAGCAUUGACAAUUGGGGUUAUUUCCUAAGGAACUUGAAAAUCCUAUUUGACAAGGAAGGUUGUAGUAGAGAUGAUUGGACUUUCAUCUCUGACAGGAUGAAGGGUGUUGACACAUCAAUCCUUGAAACAUUCCCAGAGCAACAAGAAGAGUGUGUUUCCAGCACUUGUACACAAACUGCAAGGCCAAAGGAUUUAGUGGUUCAGCCUUUCAUAAGCUUUUCUGGAUUGUAG